AUGGCUACCAAUUUGAUUCGAAACGUUGUCGUUAUCGGCGGUUCAUUCGUCGGACGAACAACCGCCCAGGAGCUCGCCAAAGUGAUCCCUUCCACACAUAGAAGUCCAGGCUUAUCUGUCCUUAAGGUCCUUCUCAUCGAAGGCCACAGCCAUUUCCAUCACUUAUUUACAUUCCCUCGGUUUGCAAUCGUUGCAGGCCAAGAGCACAAGGCCUUUAUACCCUACAAUGGUAUUUUCUCUGGCCUCCCAAACUCGGCCUCCCAUAGCGUGGUCCCGGCUCGUGUUUUGUCGGUUCAGCCGCAGCACGUAGAGCUCGAUCGGGAAUGGCAGGGGUCACGACAAAUUCCAUUUGAAUUUGCGGUGCUUGCGACUGGAACACGGUUAUCCAAGCCAGCUGCAAUGGAGUACGAUGACAAGCCAUCGUCGGUUGAUUAUUUGCAGAAGCACCAAGCGGACGUGAAGAGAUCCCAGUCGAUUUUGAUUGUAGGAGGAGGUGCCGUUGGUGUACAAAUGGCGACAGAUUUGAAAGAGCACUAUCCGCAUAAGGAGGUUAAGGUAGUGCAGUCACGUCCUCGGCUGAUGCCAAACUUCCACUCUGAUUUGCAUGAACUCAUCCAGCGCCGAUUCAAUGAACUCGGCAUCAAGCUCAUCACUGGAUCCAGGGUGACCAUUCCAGAUGAGGGAUUUCCUCAAAAUGGCGCACCUUUCGAGGUGCAGCUUACGAACGGCACCACUGAGUCUACCGAGCUUGUUAUUCUGGCGACGGGACAAACACCAAAUAACCAUUUGGUCUCCGACCUGAAACCUUCAAAUAUCUCAGGCCCAUCUGUUAUCAAUCCUGAAAACGGAUUUAUUCGGAUUCGACCCACGAUGCAGUUCCUGGAUGAAAAUUAUUCGAACUUGUUCGCCGUAGGCGAUAUCGCCGACACGGGUGCACAGAAAGCUGCGCGGCCGGGCUCGGCCCAAGCAGCCGUAGUUGCCAAGAACAUCCAAGCAUUGAUCGCAGGACGAGAACCAGAAGAGAUUUACGUGAAAGGACCGGGGGCUAUUCACCUAACCUUGGGCAUGAAAUACAACGUUAUAUUCCGCAACCCGAAUACCGCUGAGGGCCAAACAGCACCCUGGAUUAAUGAAAAGCACGAUGGCCAAGAGGACAUGAAUGUGGAAGCCAUGUGGCAAAGACUCGGCGUCUCAGUGGAUAACCCACGUCAAUAUCACCUCUGA